AUGUCUGAACCGCAGUCAGAUGCCGAUAAGAUUCGCAAUAAGAGACUUGCAAAGUUAGGCACGCAGACGAGCUCGACGCCAUCGCCAUCGUCAGAAUCUCCAGUCAGCAGCACAUCGCCAUCUACGCAACCGCCCCGCGACAGUAAUGCCAGCAUUAAUGCGACACCUCAGCAAGCUACAAACCAGGGAGCAGCAACGCAGGGGAAGCGGAUCAGAAUAACACCGGCUGCAUCUAGCGACACAACACCGUCGUCUACACCAACGCCUUCGAAACGGCAAACCCCGCGGUCAGAGGAGACUCUCGAGGCGUUUGAGGACAGAACACUUCGCGCACUGUUCUGCAUCACCCUCGAUGAAAGCCAACAGAGGGAUAUCCACGGUCAAAAACUGACAUACCUCUCGGAUCUCAAGUCUGAGCUCGAGGAAGAUGGGUCGGCGGUGCGGGUGUCUGUUGGAGUGCUGGACCAGGCGAUCCUAGAAGCAGCGUCGAAUACCGGUCAAACCCCACCUUUAAAUUACCUUUUGCCGUGCUGGAAACGUGUAAGGCGAUUGUUAAAGGGCUUUAGAAAGACGUCAAAUGAUGAUCCUCGAUUCGCUGUGUUGAGCGAGGCAAAACGGCUAUGUCUGAGCUAUUGUAUUUUUGCCAUCACGAUGCCAGAUAUGUUCAAUGCCGCUCCAACCGCUCGAACUCCUUUGGUUCCUCACCUCCUCCUUGACGUCGAAGACGACCGGGGCAUCGAUUUUGAUUUUAUUGCAGAAAUAGUGAAGCAGUUUGACGAGCAGGAUGAUUUGAAGACAACCAUCAUUGCCUCUGUCGAACAACUAAGCCAAGAGUUGUCUUCCAAGACGAUGAACGACGACUUUAAACCUUAUGUAGCGGCUUUGAGAAAUCUUGUUCAUCAUGCCGCUAUUGGCUCCGCCAUAACAGAGUCUUCCCUAUUCUUAGCCUCUGCAGAACCUGCAACGUUUGAACUUGUUACAUUACUUGGCCCGUGGUUCCGUCUGUCUCCGCUGCAAGGCCCUGUGACUUCGACGUACUUUUCCAGUCCAAAAACUAGAGACCAAGGAUUCAUCAUGAACUCGCAACGGUCGCUUCGAAUGACGCAGCAGCUUCUCAGCUCUGAUCUCUUGGAUAUCAUAAACCAUCUUAUUAGGGCUUCCAAAGAUGCGAGAGAAAAGGUACUCGAUUGGCUUGCGACUGCGAUUAAUCUGAAUCACAAGAGGAGGGCUAUGCAGGUUGAUCCCAAAACUGUGUCUUCUGAUGGAUUCAUGUUCAACAUCACGACAUGUCUAGAUCAGCUCUGCGAGCCGUUUAUGGAUGCAGCUUUCACAAAGAUUGACCGUAUCGAUUCGGAUUACCUUCACAGAAAUCCUCGGGUUCAAUUGCGAGAUGAAACCAAGAUCAACGCAGACCAACAUCAGUCUGACGAAUUCUAUUCCAGGAAAGCGGAUGGCACUUCGAACUUUAUCACUGAAAUAUUCUUCCUAACCGUUGCCGCUCACCACUAUGGCAGUGAGUCGUUAACAUCGAAGCUUGAACAGUUGGAGAAGGAUCUUCGGCAUAUGGAGUCCACUGUCAACAAGUUCGAAUUGGAACGACACAAAUGGAUCCAUAACCCAGCUCAAUUACGGACUUUUGAGGAUGCGUUGAAAAAGUACAAGGACAGGCUUGACCUAGGACUUUCCCUCAAGUAUAGUCUCCAGGGGGUACUGUUUGACAGUUUGUGGCAAACGCGAUCCAUGCAGUUUAUGAGAUAUGUCAUCGUCUGGCUGCUUCGUCUCAUUUCCGGUGUUGAUUUUCCCAAAAAGAAGAUCGCGCUACCGCUGCCAGAAGAUCCUGAGGAGGUUUUCAAGUGUCUACCCGAAUAUUUUAUUGACGACAUUGUGAGCAACUUCAAAUUCAUCAUGUGGUCCAUGCCACAGAUUAUCACAGCUACGCAGGGCGACGAGCUUGUGAUGCUUUGCAUCGCGUUCCUUGAGAGUUCGCAGUAUAUUAAGAAUCCUUACCUAAAAGCUGGUCUCAUUUCAAUUCUCUUCCGUGGAACGUGGCCUCGCCCGGGCGGAGCCCGCGGAGUUCUCGUGGAUUUGCUCAAUUCGAUGCCGUUUGCUACCGAAUAUCUCCUCCACUCUGUGAUGAAGUUCUACAUCGAGGCUGAGUUCACCGGUACCCAUACUCAGUUCUUUGACAAGUUCAAUAUCCGAUACGAAAUUUUUCAGAUCAUCAAGUGUAUUUGGGGCAACCCGGCGUACAGAGAACAGCUAUCGAAUCAAGCACAGCAGAAUCUCGACUUUUUUGUACGAUUUGUGAAUCUUCUCCUGAACGAUGUCACUUUUGUCCUUGACGAAUCGUUCACGGCAUUCAUCACCAUCCACGACACCCAAGAAGUCCUCAACCGGGAAGGAAACACGAUGGAGCAGACCGAGCGACAAGAAAAGGAAGAAGCCUUGUCAGCAGCGCAGGGAAGGGCCAAGUCAUACAUGCAAUUGACAAACGAAACCGUGGCCAUGCUCAAACUCUUCACCGAGGCACUCGCAGAUUCCUUCACAAUGCCGGAGAUUGUCCAACGACUGGCUGACAUGCUCGACUACAAUCUCGACGCAAUGGUAGGCCCGAGAAGCUCGAAUUUACGGGUCGGCAAUCUCCAAGAAUACGGGUUCAACCCGCGCGGGCUCCUGAGCGAGCUUGUUGACGUCUAUCUCAACUUGAUGGAAAAGGAAAACUUCAUCUACGCAGUCGCACGGGACGGCCGUUCCUAUAAACCGCAGAAUUUCGAGAAGGCAGCUGAUAUCUUGCGCAAAUGGGCGCUCAAAUCAGAAGAAGACAUGAUUCGGUGGACGCAACUACAGAAACAGGUGAAGGCGGCCAAGGAAGCAGAUGAUCAGGCCGAGGAGGACCUGGGAGAGAUUCCUGACGAAUUCCUGGACCCUUUGAUGUAUACCCUUAUGGAAGACCCAGUCACUCUUCCUGGUUCAAAGGUGACGGUCGACCGCGCUACUAUUCAGGCACAUCUUUUGAGUGACCCUAACGAUCCCUUUAACCGUGCGCCACUGAAGAUCGAAGAUGUCAUAACAACUGGAAUCUGGAUGGUCGAAAUGUCUGCGUUGGACAUUGUCAAGUCGUUUUUCCCACCAACACCAUGGGCAUAUAGCUGGCAGCUAGGCAUUUUCCAGUGGUUCCCUGCUGCAACCACCCUCCAAUGGCUCAUCAACUACCACCCCGCAGGGAAGUUCUCUCUGCAAAACUCGCGCCUGAACCUCAACGGCCGCUUUGCCUGGUGCCUCAUGGAGCUCGUUGGCCCCGUUCAGCUGCUGCAUAUUCUCGCCACACUGCCGGCGCAGAUGAGCAUCGCCGAGCUGCCGUUCUGGAACAAGGUGGCCGGAGCCCUUUAUGUGAUUCAUUACUUCAACCGGUCCAUUGUGAAUCCGCUGUUUGUUGCGCCGAGUAUCUCACCCGCGAGACUGGAGCUCUUUUUGUUUGCUUGCAUCUUUAACUGGUUCAAUUCUGCUUGUAUUGGAGGCUGGAUUGUCGGUUACGAUAUCGGUUUCUCAGGGUUCAAAGCGAAUGGCGCCCUCUUGAAUGAUCUCCCGCCGUCUCCAGUGCAGCAGAUCGUCCCCUAUUUUGGUUGUGUUCUUUUCGCAUACAGCAUGAUCAAUAACAUCCGCGCCGAGAGGACUCUCUGGCGUCUUCGCCGUGAAGAGGCCCUGCGUCGGGCUGCCAAAAAGAACGACGAGGCAGGCAAAGAGAUCAGCGCAGAGGGAAAGACAAACAUAUAUCACAAAGUCUACGUCAUCCCUCCGGCAAAGGGCCUCUUUAGAUGGAUCCUCUAUCCGCAUUAUUCCUUUGAGUGGCUCGAAUGGAUCGGCUUCAUGCUGGUGGGUCUCGCUGUCUAUCCCGCUGCUCGCUCCGGUGCGCCUUUGACAGAGACUACCCCGUCGAUUACUCUUGCCCCAUGGCUGUGGCCAUUUGCGUCGUUGGCGAACUGGCUGAGAGUGCCGCUCCCAUUGCCUGCUCUUGUCUUUGUACUCAACAAUAUCUUCACUAUGCUGCCCCAGGCACGACGCGGCCGGGAAUGGUAUAUCGGGAAGUUUGGCAAAGACGAUGUCGCUGGCCGGACCGCAAUGACUUUAUUCAGAGGCCAUUUCCAACGACAGGCAAGCAGUCGAACGCGAAAAGCUGAUGCCGAUAGCACUGCACAGCCCUCAAAAAGCGUAUCUCCGAGAAAACGCCCACCAGAAAAUGGUCCUGACAUUGAGCUACGAGAAAUCUUUCGGCAGGCAGUCGAUACCACUACCGGUAACAGCGCUCCGCUAAAGUCACAGCCAUCGUUGUUUCAGAGACUGGUAAAACGCAAAGAAUAUACGACUGGCUUGGAUGGGUUGUCAGACAGCGCUAGUCAAGUCUUGCGUGAAGAUGCUCGAGAAGAGGAGGUGCUCAGUACAGAUCCAGCGAAGAAGACAAGGAGUCGGACACCUGACCUUGUCAGUGAUGGGGGUUACGAUAGCGACGCGCAGUUCAUAUCCAGCCCUCGAUUUUCAAGCCAGAGCUGGGAAUCGCUAAGUGCUCUUGGUUUCCAUCACACUGACAGAACUAGUGCUUCACCACGGAUUCUCGGCUUGUCAGAUAGUGGUCCCAUUCCUUUCCCGAGUUUUGAGCGUCGACGACUGUCUUCUCUGGUUCUUCCAAAAAAAAGAAACGCUGUGGAUCCCUUGGCUGCGAGCAAGCAUCCUUACUCUGUAAGGACAUCAUCGAGUCUGCACCAAGCUCGUGAAUCUCAUACAAGCGAGAACACGCCCAUGGUCGUCUCGGAUUCUGAAACAAAGAGCAAGUUUACCGAGUUGUUCAAUCAUGGGAGACAAGAAGCCACGGGGACAAGAGAUUCGACUAGGAAAAUCAGUAUUGGAUGGAUGUCAGAGGGCAAACGCUAUGGAUAUGGAUACUCUUUUGUUGAAAGCGAGGAAACAGACGUGGCAGCCUUGAGUGAUUCCAAAGAUGCCCAAGUGACAAACACCAAGGAUGAUUUUCCUCUUCUCGACGAGAGUCAAUCCGUCUGGGCCAGCGAUAUCAAAAUCGCGCAUAACAAAGCCGUUGAAUUGCCAGAUGUCAACCCAGAAACAACAGCAGAUACCAGCAGAAAAUCCUCAUGGUCAAGCUUUCCUAGCCACUCAACGGAAGAAAGAAACCACCCAUGCGCAGGUUUUGAGGACGGCGUGAUUGCCCGCGACUUUUGCACCCGCGCCUCGCCAGACUCUGAGCAAACCCGCGCCGAGGAAAAAAGACGUCAAUUGAUUUCCGGUGCCAUCCGCCAGGGAAUCUCCGAUGCCAUGCUCUGCGUUUUCGGUCUUGGGAAAAAAGAGAUUGCCAGGUAUCAUGCAGGCUUAGACAUCAAGGCCGCUCGGCAGUACGACCCUCCAGACCCUCAAUUCGAGACAACCAUCCCUUCACGCAGCUAUGUUCCAAAGGAGGAGCUUGGGGAUCAUCACAUCGAAGCCUGGAGAGUUGCAAGACGAAGAAGAUCCAAGCACCGUCGAGCUAGCACCAUGUCCCAGCCACCAGUAGUAACGCCCGGCGCAUUGGUUCACUCUAAAAGGGACGUCAAAAGUGGGAGUAAUGCCUAUUCUGAGGCCAGCAGUGAUAAUGAUGACCGAUUCCAGCUGUCUACUUUGGCGCAUUCAUUUGUCAGAGAAGAAGUACAUUGA